GGCUUGACUUGAAUUUUGUGCAUGAAUUUCAACCAUUACCGACAUAAAGACUAAUAGAAGUCUUCUUCCUCUCUUAAUGGUCCGCACACCAAACAAUCAACUUGAAAAGAGAGAGAGAAAAUUUAUAUAUCAAAUUUAACUAAUUUAUAGUACACAAGAAAAAGCCUCGUGCCAGCUUUCUUUAGUUUUAUUUAUUUUUUAUUAUUAUUAUUAAUAAUUUCUCUCUCUCUCUCUCUUUCUAUUUCGACCAAGUUUCCUCAAAGUUCACAGCUUUGUAUAUAUAUAGUUUAUAUUUCAUUCAUUUGAGACAAAUUCGUGGAAAACUUGAUCUGGGUUUUGCUUAGAUAUUUGUUUUUGUGGAUAAGAAAGAAGAAAGAUUGGUUUUUUAUUAUAUAUGCUUGAUUUGCUUUGUCAAUUUGAGACACUUAGCAAAAGUAGCAACUUGGUUUGGGUUAACUCAAUUUCUUCUAAGGCUAUUAUGGAUUAUUCUUCUUAUGUUGAUACUUCUUUGGAUCUGAAUUGUAAGCCUAAUUAUAGCAGAGACCUCUAUGAUGCUGCUCUUCCUCCUCCUCCUCCUCCUCCUCCUCCUCCGAAAAAAGAGUUGGAAAGCAAAUUUAUUGACUUUGGAAUGAAACUUGGUGCCAAACAAGAGAAUACUAGUGCUCUGGUUGAAGAAUUGAAUAGGGUUAGUGCUGAAAACAAGAAGCUUACAGAGAUGUUAACUAUGAUGUGUGAGAAUUACAACUCUUUAAGAAAUCAAUUGGCUGAGUAUAUGAACAAGAACCCAGUUGAAAAGGAGCUUAGCCCUUCAAAGAAGAGAAAAUCUGAAAGUAGUAACAAUAACAGUAACAACAUCAUCACAACUAAUGGAAAUUCUGAGAGUAGUUCAACUGAUGAGGAGUCUUGCAAGAAACCAAGGGAAGAAGAACCCAUUAAAGCUAAAGUUUGGAAGACUUGUGUAAGGACUGAAGCAACUGAUACAAGCCUGAUUGUAAAAGAUGGAUAUCAGUGGAGGAAAUAUGGCCAAAAGGUCACUAGAGAUAACCCUUCUCCUAGAGCUUACUUCAAAUGCUCCUUUGCUCCAAGCUGCCCUGUCAAAAAGAAGGUUCAAAGAAGUGUAGAUGAUCAAUCUAUUUUAGUGGCAACAUAUGAAGGUGAACAUAACCACCCCCAACCAUCUCAAAUGGAGGCAACAUCAGGACAGAACCGAGGCAUGGUUCUCAGUUCGGUUCCUUGUUCGACGAACUCCAUUAGUUCAUCUGUUGGACCUAAUAUUACUCUUGAUUUUACAAAACCAAAGUCUGGUAAUGAUAACACCAAGAGUGCAAAACCAGCAAGAACUGAAUCGCCUGAUGUUAGAAAAUUCUUGGUGGAUCAGAUGGCUUCAUCUUUGACAAAAGAUCCCAAUUUCACUGCAGCAUUGGCUGCAGCCAUCUCAGGAAGAAUCUAUCAACAGAAAUCCAGCUGAAUAAAUAUAAUGAGAAGUCAACACUGAAUGGAUUCCUUCUUAUGAAGACUGUCUUUGAACAGCUUAGGAUGUUUUUCUACUUUUGUAAAUACAAACACCGGGAAAUAGGAAAAGGAUUUAGACACCUACUUUUGUUUCAUCUACUCAGAACCUCAUGAGUGGCUAGAUAGAUUUAUUUGUCUUCCAAAACUGGAAUUGUAAUUUGGAUGACUCUUACACAGUCAAUUCAAAAGUUAGAUUCAGCUAUAGAGUAUGGUUUUUGCAUUCUUACAAAAUAUAUCAAUGAAUAGAAGGAUAAUUAAUAAUUAUACUUCAAUAUGAGUUUCUUCACUA